UUUCUUAGAUUUAGUUUAGCAAGCAAUUGUAAGUAAAGGUUACAAAAUCGUAACCUAAAAAUUCUCUGAGUCUUUCGACCUUUAUAUAAAAUGAGUGAUAUAUCAGAUUUCUCUGGAUCUAGUCCUAAAGGAGCAGAUUCAGAACUACAAGACUUUCUGCUAGCAGAGAAGCAAAAAGCGCAAUUUCAUGCCCAAAUCCAUGAGUUCAAUGAUUUCUGUUGGGAUAAAUGUGUAGACAAGCCUGGAGCUAAGCUGGAUUCACGCACAGAAUCAUGCAUCACCAACUGUGUAGAAAGAUUUAUUGAUGUUUCACUUCUCAUUACAAACCGGUUCGCUCAAAUGCUCGAAAAAGGAGGUGGAAUGCAUUAAGAAUCUUGUUAUAAACAUUAGAAGAAUAUAAAUAGUGGUUCAAUUCUAUUGAUCAACAAUGUUAAUACUAUAUAUGUUGUUCAUACCAUACUUAGCAUUUAAUAAGUAGGGGCAGACAUUAUGUUACAAUAAAUUAUUGUAAUAUUUUUUGAUAUACUUGUAUUGUUUCAAGUUUAGUGCAAUACAGCUAUGUGAACAUUUUGUGAGAAAGUAAUUUGUGGGUAUAAUAAUACCUUUAAUAAAUCUCAAGUAACAUCAACCUUGUUUACUUUUAAUUAAUUAAGAAUACAAUUUCAAUUAAAAAAAAAUGUUAGUAUUGCAUUUCUGAUGAUGCUAUUUAAAAUUAAAAGUUCUUGUAUAGUGCAAUAGUAUUACAAUAACCAUGUUUUUUUUUAAAUGGCUAUAAUAUAUUGUUAUACAACUUGUAUGCAAUUUUGGUAAUAAAGCUAAAUAAUGUUUUAUUACCAAAAUUGCAUACAAGUUGCAUUAAAUCCUCAUCCAUGAAUCACAGCAUGUGUUUAUAACAAUCAUGUAUUUCAAAAUUAGAAGAGUAGUUUUUAAACUUAAAAAUAAUAUAGGAAUUAAAUAGAAAAUAAACAAAAUUAUCGACUUUUGUAUUAGUUUUAAUUUAUUUAAAAUAUUUUUGAUAAAACUACUGCAAUAGCAAUAAUUGAUCUGAUAAACCUGACAUGAGACAACUGAAUUGCACAUUGAUCUUUGACAUAUUAUUAGAAAAAAAAAAUAUUAUUCCUUAAAAUAUAUAAUUAAAAGAAUUAGUGAAUGUCUAUAUAUCAUUUAUAUUGUUUACAUUAUUAAGAAUUUGGCAGUAUGCCUGUGACAG